AUGUCCACAUUUGUCCAAGCUCCAGGCUUCAUGUACGAGUUGCCUCGGAGACUUGUGGGGGUCCACAAGCUUCGUGAUGAAAAUACUGUCAGCGACCAAAUGCGGUCGGUCACCUUGGAGAUUUGCGUGCCGAUCCCCUUUCUUGCAUCCGUAGACACGCCACUGACGACUCCGUCACUGACGACUCCGUUAUUCGAUAGAUACGCCGCAGUUUCGAGGCUUGAGCAAGGCUCUCGCGAAAAAGUGAUUGCCACCUACAAACACUUUUUGUGGCGGAGCGAUAGCUGUUCACAAGGUGCUAUUCAAGUUCCAACCCGUCUGGAGGUCGUCAUUGAAAGCACUGUCAGAUCAAAUCAACCAAGAAUCAUGAGAUGGUGCACGCUAUUGCAUCUUGCCUUCCUGUUCUCCACUUGA